ACGCUCUUCAUUCUUCCCUGCUCAGUUUGCAGUAAUUGUCCGUUCACUCGGCCAGCAACACUCGCUCCACUCUCAAUACAAAGGGAUCUUGGUUAAUGCUAUAAUAUCGUCUUUAAUUAAUUAAUCCUCCAACACUCGCUACCAGCUCGACAAGUUUUACGACUCGGGAAAAAGCACAUAAUCAACACCUUAAUCACAGACAUUUCGCCAUGUCUCCCUCCUCUAUAAUGAAGCAAGGACUCGCCACCGCUGUCCUUGCCGCUCUUCCUCUCGCUCGUGCCCAGGGCACUACACCACCAAAGCUUACAGCAGACUGUAACGAUGUAGCCAUCUUUAUGGCUCGCGGCAACGAUGCCCCUUACAGCGAUGGACGUACUUCACCUUUCCGUGACGCUAUCUGUGCAAAGUUCCAAGCUCAGGGAAACUCUUGCGACUACAUGGACAUCGUCUUCGACGCAACCCUCGGAGCAGAAUUCUGCCCUACCAUCCAGGAGGGUGCCAGCAAUGGAGUCAGGCAAAUCACAGAGUACAACGCCAAAUGCCCAAGCACACUGGUUGUCAUCAACGGUUACUCACAGGGUGCCAUGGUUGCCGGCUCUCUGCUCAGUGGAGGAGGAGACGAUGCCUGCAAUGUUGAUGCCGUUACUACGGGCCUCAACCCUGCUUCUGCGGCUGGUCAGGCGGUCAAGGCUGCCCUUAUCUGGGGUGACGUCAAGCACACUGCCAACCAGGCAUACAAUGUCCUCGAUGGCGCAAGCAAGGACGUCUGGCCUCGUACUGGUUCCAACCUCGACCGUCUCAACGCCUACUCUUCGGUCCUGCGCUCGUACUGCGCUGCUGGUGACCCAGUAUGUGCUGGUGGCAGCGUCGUUGCUGACCACUUGAACUACUUCGAACUCUACACCGAAGAAGCCUCAUCAUGGAUUGUGGGCAAGCUGACACCUCUCUUGGUUAAGCCUGCUACCUCCAGCACACCUACCCCAACUCCUACUCCCACUCCCACUCCUACUCCUACCCCUACCCCUACCCCUACCCCUACCCCUGAGGUCCCUACCGAAGUCCCAGCCACAACCGAGACCCCAAGCUCCACUGAUGAUGCUACUACUGUCACUCUCAGUACCGUCAAGAAGCCCGUCUCUACCCCAGUCACCUUCUCGACCAUGGUCUCCUCUUACGUCCCAGGCGUAACUGCCACUGUCAACGCAACCUCAGUCGUUCCCGCCGAGCCUUCCACCGCCUACCCGGUCACUAUGAUCCCCAAGCCCUCUGCACCAUGGGGUAACUCUACCGCCCCUUACGGUAACUCGACCCUUCCAGUCACCGGCAGCAUCAUCAUUCCUAGCAAGCCAGCCGAGACCCCUUACCUUCCUGGUGUGCCCGCUGAGACUCCCUCUUACCCGGGCGCCGGCGAGACUCCUUACCACCCCGGUGCGCCGCAGACCCCAGGUGCACCCGCUCCUGCGCCUGCUCCCACUGCGGCUCCCGGAUACCCUGCGGUUCCCAACGCCUGCCCUCCUGCAGUUGUCUACGAGACCGUAACGUCGGUUGUGUACAUGUACGUAUAGGGGGUCGAUAGAGACGAUGUUAAGUUAUGAAUGAAUGAUGGAUCACUGGGUACUUAGAUAGUUGUCGCGUUUCUUAUUGUAAAUAAUACCCUUGCGAUAAUACAAAACUACUUCA